AUGGUUUUUAUUGAGAGCAUCGAGUUCGGAUGCAUUCCUCACAGCAUUGGGAGAUUGAAGAGCGUACAACAAAUAGAGAUUUUCAGCAAUUGUAUCACUGGAGAAUUACCAAAGAGUCUUUGUGACCUAACAUCCCUGGUUAAUUUCGAUGCUUCUCAGAACAAUCUCACAGGGAGAUUGCCCAACAAUUUCGCUGCUUUGCAUUUGUUUUCCCUUGGUCUCAAUGGCAACCAUUUGGAAGGCCAAAUUCCGGAGAUUAUCGCCUUCAAUCCCAAUCUUGCAAAACUCAAGCUUUUCAACAACAGCUUUUCCGGUAGCUUACCCAGAGAUUUAGGCUCGCAUUCCAAUCUAGAGGUAAUCGAUGUUUCAGAUAAUGGUUUCUCCGGUUAUUUCCCCCCAUAUCUCUGCAACGCAAGCAAGCUCCAACAUCUGGUGGCUUUUAAUAACGCAUUUUCUGGAGAACUAGCUGGUUAUUACGGCGACUGCAAUAGUCUUGCGUAUGUGAGAAUCUUCAACAACGAGUUAUCUGGAGAAGUGCCUCUUCGAUUUUGGAGUCUCCCUCGGCUUUAUUUGCUAGAAAUGGCUAACAAUAGAUUCCAAGUCUCGAUAACUCCUGCAAUCUUUGGUGCUCGAAACCUCACAAAAUUGUUGAUAUCCGGUAACAAGUUUAAUGGCAAACUUUCGGCCGAAAUCUGUCUUCUCCAAGAGCUUGCCGUUGUUGACGUGAGUAGAAAUCGUUUAUCUGGGGAGCUCCCGCUAUGCAUAACGGCACUUUACAGAUUGCAAAAACUGGACCUUCAACAGAACUACUUGUCGGGUGAGAUCCCAAGCGAUGUAAGCACCUGGAAAGAACUGACGAAGCUGAACCUCUCGGAAACAUAAUUUCCGGCGAGAUCC